AUAAGGCGGGGGAGAGCAGCAGCCCCCCAGCAGGGGUUAAGGCAGUGCUGUGUCCAGGGAGCCUGUGCCAGCCCAGCCUGUGCCAGAGCUCCCCAGGGACCUGCAGCCUCGUGCAGCCUCUGCAGACGGGGAGGAGCGCAGCCAUGGGGGCACCAAGGGUGAGGGCAGGGCUCCUGGGUUGAGGAAGUGCCCAGUGCCCGUGGGGAGAGCGGGACCGGCCCCACGCAGGGCCCUGGCGCAGAGCCCGUCACGUCCCUGCAGAGCCAGGGCCACCGCGGAGGGGCCACGUCCAGAUUCCUCCUCGAUGGCACCGGGGCGAGGGGCUGCGUGCGGGGCACGGGGGGCACUGGGGACGUGCAUGGCCGCCCAGGCUGCCCUCUGCAAGGUGGUGGCCGGGCACCGGCAGCUGGUGCUGCAGCUGGGGGGCAGCGCCGACGGCCCCUGGCUGCGUGAGGAGCGGCACAGGAGGAGCAUGGAGGCGCGGGAGCUCAGUGCCGGGCUGCAGGGUGCGCUGCUGGCGGGGCUGCGGCAGGCGGCGAGCCCCGAGGAGCGGCGGGAGCUGGAGCGGCUGUGGGUGCUCUUCCUCUCGGCCCUGGAGCUCUUCCUGCAGGACCUGCGCCAGGCCCACCGCCUCUGCCGGCUCUUCUCUCUGCAGGGGGGCAGCAGUGCCCUGCUGCGCACUGGGCUGGGGGGCCAGCGAGGGGGGGGCCCUGAGCAGCCCCCGGCCCCACCGUGCCUGGAGGAGGAGAUGGAGCAGGUGAGGGCCGUGCUGACGGAGAUGGAGAGCACGGCCAACAUCCCCCUCUGGACGGUGGAGGCCACGCAGGCAGCAGAGCCGGGGGAGCUGGGUGCAGCCCCCCCAUCCCAGGGACUGGGGCCUCAUGCUGGGCCCUGCUGCAGGGUCCUGUGAGCAGCAGGGCCAGCCCCCCCCCCCCC